CUGAGUUUCCCCCACGUCACCCCCUCCCCGUGUUGCUGGCAGGAGCUCUCGCCUUGUCGGUGAUGUGUGCCCGGUGCAGGGGGGUGUGCGGCCCGAAGCCCUCCGCCUGUCAUGACGUUUGCCCGGAGGAGGGCUCGCUAACUGCCGGUUAGCCUGCUAAUAGGAUGUGCUAGAGUUUAACACUGACCACACGGCAGUUCUGCCUAGGAGGGCCGACCCCACUGAGUUGAAAGCCAUUUUUGAAAAGUAUGCCAGCGUCAAGAAGAAUGAGGAGUACUUCAUGUCGGCGCAGGACUUCGUGAGCCGUUUCCUCCAUGCUCACACGGACAUUCUGCUGACCAGUGAGGCCACAAAUCUGCUGGCUGGAGUGGUGGACCAGAAGAAAGAUGGCUUGAUCUCCUUUCAGGAGUUUGUAGCAUUUGAAUCGGUGCUGUGUGCCCCAGACUCACUUUUCAUGGUUGCCUUCCUGCUGUUUGAUAAAACGGGCAAUGGGAUUACCACUUUUGAGGAUGUGAAGCAGGUUUUUGGCCAGACCACCAUCCACCAGCACAUCCCCUUCAACUGGAACUGUGAGUUUAUACGGCUGCACUUUGGCACCAAGAGGAACAAGCAGCUCAGCUACGGAGAGUUCACCCAGUUUCUCCUGGAGAUGCAGCUGGAACACGCGCGCCAGGCUUUCAUCCAGCGUGACCAAGCCCACAGCGGCUCCAUCUCAGCGCUGGACUUCAGGGACAUCAUGGUUACCAUUCGGCCGCACAUGCUCACACCCUUCGUAGAGGAAUGCCUCGUGGCGGUUGCAGGGGGUAGCACGUCUCAUCAGGUCAGCUUCUCCUACUUCAACGGCUUCAACUCGCUGCUCAACAAUAUGGAGCUGAUUAGAAAGAUCUACAGCACUCUGGCUGGCCACCGCCGAGAUGUGGAAGUCACCAAAGAGGAGUUUAUCGUGGCAGCUCAAAGGUUCGGCCAGGUGACGCCCAUGGAGGUCGACAUCCUCUUUCAGCUGGCUGACCUGUCGGAGCCUCGUGGACGUGUUGGUUUAGCGGACAUUGAGAAGAUUGCUCCGCUGGAGGAGGGCGCCCUGCCCUACAACUUGGCUGAAGUCCAGAGACAGCACUCGGGCAGCGACGGCUCCCGCCCCAUCCUUAUCCAGGUGGCAGAGUCGAUCUACAGAUUCACUCUUGGCUCAGUAGCAGGGGCUGUGGGUGCCACAGCAGUGUACCCCAUUGAUCUGGUGAAGACACGCAUGCAGAACCAGAGGAGCAGCGGAUCACUGGUGGGAGAGCUCAUGUACAAGAACAGCUUCGACUGCUUCAAGAAGGUGGUGCGCUACGAGGGCUUCUUCGGCCUUUACCGAGGUCUGGUACCACAGCUACUGGGUGUGGCGCCCGAGAAAGCCAUAAAGCUCACAGUGAAUGAUUUUGUGCGUGGAAAGACCAGACAGAAGGACGGUACAGUCCCGCUGGCUGCUGAGAUCCUGGCUGGUGGAUGUGCUGGAGGAUCCCAGGUGAUCUUCACAAACCCUCUGGAGAUAGUAAAGAUCCGUCUGCAGGUGGCAGGAGAGAUCACCACGGGGCCGAGGGUCAGCGCUCUGUCGGUCAUCAGGGACCUGGGCUUCUUUGGGCUUUACAAGGGUUCCAAGGCUUGUUUUCUGCGGGACAUCCCCUUCUCGGCUAUCUACUUCCCUUGCUACGCCCACACCAAGGCUUACCUCACUGAGGAGGAUGGAAGAAUAGGGCCAGCCAGGAUGCUGUUUGCUGGAGCUCUGGCAGGCAUGCCGGCCGCCUCUCUGGUAACCCCGGCAGAUGUGAUCAAGACACGGUUACAGGUGGCGGCGCGUGCUGGCCAGACCACCUACAGCGGCCUGAUGGACUGCUUCUGGAAGAUUCUCAGAGAAGAGGGGCCCCGUGCUUUCUGGAAAGGAGCUGGAGAAAGCCGGCUGGCUCUGAGCCCACCCCCAAGUCUCGGAUCAGCCUGCCGGCGCCCAACCCCGACCACAUCGGAGGCUUCAGGUUGGCCGUGGCCACAUUUGCUGGCAUCGAGAGCAAGUUUGGACUCCAUCUCCCACGCUACACGGUGCCGACGGCAGUGGCCCCUUCCAACGCGAGCACCCCCUGAACCUCCACGGGGGGGGGGGGGGGGGGGGGGGGGGGGGGUGCGUUUGAGGGGGGAGCUGAAGUGUUUUUCAUACAUUAAGCACCGAGAAACUAUCAGGUCCAUUUAGUUUUCACAGUAUUUGAAGUUAUUUUGUUCUAAUUAUUGUAUAACGGCGUCUAUAUGCGAUCUCACCGAUUAGCGAGGUGUGUAAUUGCUACAGGGCUCACGCAGUGUUUGUUUCACAGUGUUGUGUUAUAUUAGUUAAGUUUACACUCCAAACUCGUCCACAAUAUGCACACAGCAGCAGAAGGGCUUGCACAAAUACACUUGAACACUUUCUUUAAAUAUCGGUGGCUACUUACUGUUGCAGCUUUUUCCAGUGUCUUCCUUUUGUGUUGCUUUAUAACCAAAAGCACGUUAAUCACAUGAUCAUAAAACCGGCUACACACAAAAAAUAUCGUACAGUAAAUGUGGCACUUCUGUAUAUAUUAGAAAUCCAGACAUAUUUUCAUAUGUGUGCGUCUGUUUCGAUUGAGUUGCUCUUUUCAACUGUGUGUCGAUUUAUGGUCGAAUGAAUCCAGAAGAAUACGACCAAAGAAAGGAGUUUUGAAUGUAAAAGGCGCGGCGUUAACGUUGUGAGCGUACAUAAUGUUCACCGCUGUCAAGAUGUUUAGGUUCAGGUCUAAAUGUAUGCAGAUGUGGAAAUAUAUGAAGGAGUGCGUGUGUCAUGGCUCUGUAUUUAAACUUGUACGGUGCAGAGACUGUAGGAGCUACAUGUGGUGUGUAAUAAUUGUGCCUUACUGAACGUAUGGCAGCAACAUGUGUGGUCGGAGUAAAGAGACACUUGUAUUAGUAAA